UAUAAAACCAGAUGUUCAUGGAAAAAGGAAACAUUUGGGACUAAUAUUAUGGAGGACAAGUCUCAAGUAGAUUGUUGAAAGCUUUUUUCCAACCCCAAAUUCUCAUCACUUCUGCUACAUCAAAGCUAGAAGAAUAAGCAUGAAGGUAGAUCUGGUCCCUGGGACAAUAAUAUUGUUCAUUCUCUUUCUGCUCAUAUUCUGGACCUUUCGAUUUCAGCAAGCAAGAGGCAGGCUCCCUCCUGGCCCUACACCCUGGCUCUUUCUAGGGAAUGUACUACAAAAAGAUGUUUUCCCUCUGUAUAAAACCUACCCAAAGCUCAGUAAGAAGUAUGGUCCAGUUUUUACUCUCUGGAUAGGAACUAAGCCACUCGUUGUGAUUUGUGGAUAUGAGGCAGUGAAAAAUGCUUUGGUAACUCAUAGUGAAGAAUUUGGUGGACGACCUCCAGUACCUUUCCUCUAUCAGAUAACAAAGGGCAAUGGGAUUAUUAGUGAAGACAAGAAAUGGAAGGUUAUACGUCGUUUUACUGUCACCACACUACGGAACUUUGGAAUGGGACGGAAGUCAAUGGCUGAAAGGAUAUUGGAAGAAGCCCACUAUUUGGUGAAGAGGAUAACAACCUUUGAAGGUCAACCCUUUGACAUACUCUCACCUAUCACAUCUGCUGUUUCUAAUGUUACGUGCUCUGUUGUCUUUGGGAAUCGACUCUCUUAUGAAGCCAAAAUCACUGAACUAUUGGAUAUCUUACAGACAUUCUCAGGAUUAUUUACGAGUCCUUCAGGAACGGUGUACAACGCUUUGCCAAAUAUCAUGAACUUCCUUCCUGGACCUCAUAAGAAAGUUUUCUCUGACUGUAACAAGGUCUGUGACUUCAUUAGGAAUGAAGUGGACACUCACAAGAAGACCCUGGAUCCAGACAAUCCUAGAGACUAUAUUGAUUGUUUCCUCCUUAAAUUAGAAAAGGAAGAAAUGGCGUCUGAGAGGAACUUCUGCCAAUCUAAUCUUGUGAUUACUGUGUUUGCUCUCUUUGCUGCUGGGACAGUAACUACAAGCUAUGCUUUGCUCCGCAGCCUCCUUCUAAUAGCUAAAUUGCCACACAUUCAAGCUAAGGUGCAACAGGAGAUUGAUGAGGCAGUGGGUACAAAUCGAACUCCAAGCAUGGAAGACCGGUUGAAGAUGCCUUUCACAAAUGCUGUGAUCCAUGAGGUUCAACGUUAUCAGACUGUGAGCCUUGAGAACCUUCCGCGGGCAACAACCUGUGAUGUAAAAUUCCAUGGUUACAACUUUCCCAAGUACAUGGCUGUUGUGCCAGUCCUCUCCUCAGUACAUUGUGAUCCUCUCCAUUGGGAGACUCCAGAGAAGUUCAACCCAGAUCAUUUUUUGGAUGAAAAGGGCCAAUUCAGGAAAAGAGAUGCUUUCAUGCCAUUCUCAGCAGGGAAAAGGGCCUGUCCAGGAGAGGCCCUGGCUAGGAUGGAGCUCUUCCUGCUCUUCAGCACUUUGCUUCAGAAGUUCAUCUUUUAUUUGGAUGGGGACACCAAAGACACAGAUGUAAAGUCUUUGUUUAUGGAUUUCAAAGAUAAGAAUCAAUACCCUCUUAUACGAGCCGUUAAACGUUCAGUGGACACUAGUGUUCAAAUUGGCAGCUUACUUCCAACCCCAAAAUUUUAUCUCUUCUACUCCAUCAAGGCAAGAAGAAUAAAUGUGCAGGUGAAGCUGGGUCUUCAUGUUUCACCAAUGCCUGAAGCUUCCAACACUAUUAAAUGUAUUGCUGUCCUUAUGAAAGAAAUCAAAGAAUGUACUAUUGUGGCCAAAUCAGUUAUUAUAUGUGCAAAGGUCUUUUUGAACAUCACUAAAGCCUGUGAAAAGCGAUACAGGAAGAGGGCCUGUCAAGGAGAGGCCCUGGAGCUCUUCCUGUUCAAGAACUUCAUGUUAUAUCUGGGUGGGGACACUGAAGACACAGAUAGCAAAAUAACUCAGAAGAGGAUGGAGCUGACAUGGGCAGGAGCUCUGCUUCUUCUCUCGAUAAUUCUCACUCUUUUCUCAUCUUUCCAAAUGUACAAGAAAAAAGGGCAGUUGCCCCCUGGACCUACUCCAUGGCCUAUUCUGGGGAACCUCUUUCAGCAAGAUGUUUUACCUCUAGAUAAAUCCUCUAAAAAGCUUAUAGCGAAGUAUGGACCUAUAUUUACUGUCUGGAUUGGAUCAAAACCAAUGGUUGCUCUUUGUGGAUAUGAGGUGGUAAAAGAUGCUUUGAUAAAUCAAGCAGAAGAAUUUGGACUCGAUACUACUGAUGAGAAGAAAUGGAAGGAGCUGCGACGGUUCACACUGUCCACCUUGAGACAUUUUGGAAUGGGGAAGAAAAGAAUGUCUGAAAGGGUGCAGGAGGAAGCCCUUUGCCUGGUGGAGGAAAUAGCUGCCAAAAAAGGUUCUCUAAAGAAACUGAAAGUUGUUCUCAUAAACAAAAUUAGAAGUGCUGUUUCUAAUGUGAUCUGUGCAGUCGUCUUUGGCAAUCGAUUUGAUUACAAAGAUCACACCUUCAUAGAGAACCAGCAGAUUAUGAAGUCUCAAAUAAGAUUUCUUACUAGUUUCCUAGGACUGAUCUACAAUACUUUUCCAAAAAUAAUGGAAUACUUUCCUGGGAAACAUGUCAAGAUUUUUGCUGAGAUUAAAAAACUCUGCGAUUAUAUACGUGAGGAGGUAGAAUUGCACAAGAAAACGUUGGAUCCUCAGAACCCACGUGAUUAUAUUGAUUGCUUCCUUCAUAGAUUGGAGAAGGACCAGAACUCAUCUGAGGGUAUCUACUCUCCUGAAGAACUUGUAUUCACUGUGUUUGGUCUCUUUACUGCUGGGACAGUAACUACAAGCAAUACUUUGCUCUGCAGCCUCCUAGCAAUGGCUAAAUUGCAACACAUUCAAGCUAAGGUGCAACAGGAGAUUGAUGAGGCAGUGGGUACAAAUCAAACUCCAAGCAUGGAAGACCGGUUGAAGAUGCCUUUCACAAAUGCUGUGGUCCAUGAGGCUCAACGUUAUCGGACUGGGACUGCUGAGAGCUUUCCACGGGCAACAACCUGUGAUGUAAAAUUCCAUGGUUACGACAUUCCUAAGUACAUGGCUGUUGUGCCAGUCCUUUCCACAGUACAUUCUGAUCCUCUCCAUUGGGAAACUCCAGAGAACUUCAAUCCGGAUCAUUUUUUGGAUGAAAAGGGCCAAUUCAGGAAAAGAAAUGCUUUCAUGCCAUUCUCAGCAGGGAAAAGGGCCUGUCCAGGAGAGGCCCUGGCUAGGAUGGAGCUCUUCCUGCUCUUCAGCACUUUGCUCCAGAAGUUCACCUUUUAUUUGGAUGGGGACACCAAAGACACAGAUGUAAAAUCUUUGUUUAUGGACUUCAAAAAUAAGAAUCAAUACCCUCUUAUACGAGCUGUUAAACGUUAA